UUUCUCGGCCAUGGCGCGGCCGGAGCUCGCUUGGCUGGCCGGCUUCUUGCGCGAUUGGCCCGGCCCUUUGGGCCCCGCCGAGCCGCCGCCCUGGACCGCUUCCACCGCUUUGCUCCGGCCGGACGAAACGGCGGCCGAAUUGACCGAGCGGGCUCGCGGCUUCCUGGGCAGAAGGGGUGCGCCUCCUCUUCUUGCAGCCUCCUUAAUUCACGCUGCAGUCAGCGGGAUUCUGCAAAGUGACCUCGGCAAUUUUAAAAAACAGAACCUAGACCAGGAUGAAGCCGGCGACAGCGGAAUCUUGUUGGAAGCCGCGCCUUUGCAGCGCCAUUUCUUUAACAAACUCUUGGAGAUUUGCGGCGAGUGGCAGAAAGAGCUUCCCGCCCUGAAGCCGUCCAAGCGCUACCUUCAGAUUUCGAUCCACGCGACUCGUAAUACUCGAAGGAAGAUGGAAGACAGGCACGUUUCCCUGCCGGAAUUUAACCAACUCUUUGGACUGGAGGAUGACGUUGAUCGCGCCUACUUUGCCGUCUACGAUGGUCAUGGAGGGAUCGAGGCCGCUAAUUACGCUGCUGCCCAUUUGCAUGUCAAUGUGGCGCAUCACGAGAAGCUUCUGGAAAACCCCGCGGAAGCGCUGAGAGAUUCCUUCCAGAAGACGGACGAGAUGUUUCUCUUGAGAGCCAGGAGAGAGAAGCUUCGGAGCGGCACCACAGGGGUGUCUUGUUUCCUGGUUGAUGACAAGCUGCACAUAGCCUGGCUGGGGGAUUCUCAAGUGAUGCUGGUCCAGCAAGGAAAAGUUAUAACUCUGAUGGAGCCUCACAAACCAGAACGAGAGGAUGAACGACAACGCAUAGAAGAUUUAGGGGGUUGCAUAACAUACAUGGACUGUUGGCGUGUAAACGGCACCCUGGCUGUUUCCAGAGCAAUUGGGGAUCUCCUGCAAAAACCUUACAUCUCUGGCUGCGCGGAUGGCACAUCGUUUGAGCUGACGGGGACGGAAGAUUACGUCCUCCUUGCCUGCGAUGGGUUCUUCGAUGCCAUCCAGCCGGGCGAGGUGGUGGACCACGUCUUGGAGCACUUGACGCAAAACCACGGAGACGGCCUUCAGACUGCAGAGAGGCUGGUGGCCGCAGCGAAGGAGAGCGGUUCUACCGACAACAUCACCGUCCUGGUGCUGUUUCUACGUGAGCCCAAAGACAUUGUGGCCGACUGUCUCAGAGACCCCAAAGCCAGCCCUGUGGAUGAGGGCGCACCGGGUUCCUUCUUCAGCUUCUUCAACUCUGGAGCAAAUAACUAAAAGAGAGUCUGCCUUAAAAGCCACAUCUGCAACUCUGCCAAAGCCCGUCGUCCAGAUGCAAGUUUUUUUUUUUUUUAAAUCAGCUCUUCUACGUCGGAAAAACAAAUACGGCGCCUGGAAUGGACGCCGGGAUAUGACAUUGGAAAAGAAAACCCAUCCAGCUGCUCCUUAGCCCAGGGCCGUGCAUGGGGUCAGUGGUGGGAUUCUACCAGUUGUUGAAUGGGCAUAGCAUUCAAAAACUGCCAAUUUACAGCUCUAAAAUUGACCUACUGCAGCGCCGGUGAGUAAAACAGCUGAGGCACGGCAACGUCCUAUAUUUUCCUGCAAAACAGGAAAAUAUAGGACAGGCUAAGGCAGGGGCGGGGCCAACAGAUUGUCGUUCAUUACAGGUUCGUGCAAACUGGUGCAAACCGAUAGCAAUGCUCCCCCUGCAUGGGGUGGUAUAAUAUCAGACUCUACAGCUGGAGAAAGGGUAGAACAGAAGCACCAACCUUCUCUUGAAGACCUCAUCAGGAGGAGAAAGGGCAGACUUUAAAUGUCUUGCCAACGUGGUUUUCCACAGAGAAGGGAGGGGGUUUGAGCAGAGAAGGUGUCGGUCAGGCCGAAGUGAUAAUAUAGCUCAAGCAUAUCAUAAAAAAUAAAUAAAUAGGGUGCAGAUGGGCUGGAGGUUGAAGGCCUUCUUGAGAAGUUCCAAUGCCCUCCCAAGAUCCCUUCUGACUCUUGUUUUGUUAUCUCGGACGAGAGCCCAAAGUAUGUUUUAAUCGAGGAGGUGUCGUUGGAAACUGCUUAAAUCGCAUUGGGGGUCUUUUGGAAAUGAACCAUUGAAUAAGCUAUGGCUUGUUUGCGCCAAGAAAUUCAGUAUUAAGUUUGGGAUUGGGCCGUCCGCCAUCUUGUUCUGCGUCUUGUGUUUGUGCUUUUGUAUACCAAAGAGAAUACUAGCCAAGAAUGUCAGCUGCAAGAUUUAAGAAAAUGAAGAUAGAUAAGUGAUAAGAAUCUACUGCCUCCCUUUCCUAUCCCCAAUUAUUUAAUAUGUCAAACCUGUAUCAAACUCAUAUAUGGUCAUAUAGUAUCCAUAAGCUAAGCUGAGAUAACCUAAGUUACUGUUAAAUUGCCAAACAUGGGGUUUUUUGUGUGGGUAAUUGUCACCUGUGUCUUUUUAAAAAAAUUUAACUGUUUUUAUUAUUUCUCUGCUCACCUGUAUGUUCAGCCUUUUUUAAAAAAAAUAAUUUCCCAGAGGGUUUAUUUUAAUCAGUUUUUUAGAUGUGCGCAUUUACUGUUAUUUUAUCACUGGUAUUUUGAAAUGGGCUGCUGACAGAUGUCAUUUACCUGCUGACGAAGAAGUAGAAUACAGGUUGCUCUUGACUUAACAACCACAAUUGAGGGCAACAUUCCUGUUGCUAAGCGAGACAAUUGUGAAAUGAGUUUUAUGAGCCUUUCUUACCACCGUCAUUAGGUGAAUUGCUGCAAGUUAAGUUAAGCUAGGGACACGGUUGUUAAAUGAAUCUUGCUGUCCCAUGGACUUUGCUUGCCAGACGGUUGCAAAAAGGGAUCAUCCUAGGACAUUGCAACUGU